UACUGCAGUAGUUUCCAAAAUAGGCGAAAAUCUCACAUAAAAUACCUUAAAAAGUGCAAUAAGUAUUUAAAAUUCAAUGUUGUAAGUGAAAUUGUGGAGUGUGUGGUACAAAAUGGCUGUCGGCUAUUUAGAAUUGUAUAUAUUGUUCAGUUAUCCUAUCAUUUCUUUGUGUCAGCAAAAUUCUGGUAUUGUGUUUAAUUACAACAACACAUACAAAUUCGAUGUUGAAUACACAGUCAAUGUCAGUAAAAAUGUGGAAUACAUCAUGGAGUUUGCUGGGGACUCCUUCGACACCCCGGCGCGAGUGACCGUGGCUAGUAACUUUGCCAACAGCACAUUUCCUCUUUUUGUCACAGCGCGGCAGCAAAAAGGAGUGUCAUCCUGGCAGCUGCCAAUGGUGGUGGAAGUACCUGGUAGUUAUCAGCAGUUCACAAACAUCUCUCGGACUUUGUGUCCGCACAACAACAUGUUUGCUGAAGACGAGGAGACAUGUGAUGUCUCGAACCAGAACACGCCUCUCGUCCAUUUAACGUCCUCAUCACCAGAUCCGAUAGAAGUUACUAUUGUAGUAGAAACGGUCAAGGAUUUCUACAUAAAACUAAAUACUACUACCAAUAUUACGGUCACGCCGAGCCAGCCGAAAUACUACUUCUUUCCUUUUAAACAGGAAAAGGAGAUGGACUUAAAGAAACAGAGUGAGAAAAGACAGUCCAUGUGUAGCGGGGAAGAGAAAAGCGUGUUUUUAGAGAAUAUCUUCGAGAGCCAGCAGUCAUACUCGUGGUUUCGACAACCGAAGAGUGUCAUUGUCAUGAUAGAGUCAGAUGAUGAUGUGUGUGCUGUCAUAUCUAUACAGAACUUUUCGUGCCCAGUAUUCGACAAUGAAAGAAAUAUACUAUACGACGGAUACUACCUUACGAUGACGAGGCGAGGCGGCAUCACUUUAAACCAAGACAUGUUCCCCGUUGGCUUCUACAUAGUUUUCAUAGUGAAAACUUCAGAUGAGGACUGCACGGGGCAAAUCUCGAACAAGACUCUACCCACUAUGGCGAGAUAUCUGGGGUGGGAAGAGACUUACGUGGAAACUACGGCGAGGACGAAAAACUUCACCCUUCGCAUCAUAGCCACGAUAUCGUACCAGGACUAUUUGAUCGCCGCAGGGGCGGCGUUAGGCUUCUUCUUAUGUUUCUAUGUGGCCUUUAUAAUCACAGUGUUGUACCAACGACGGAAGGCUAGGCAGGAUGCUGAAGCUAAUCUAAAUGAAGCGGAAUGCAUAUCAUCCCCCUCGACACCCCAUGACGCCGACAGCGUGUCUAUACGCAGACGCCACGCCACGCCAAUCAAUGUGGAAGCCGAGAGCUCAACGCAGCGUCUAGUGGGCGAGGGAGAUCGCAGGGACAUCGAAUGCAGUUCAUCAUCAGACACAGAGUCAGACUAUUCGACACUAGAUGACAUCAAUCGGGAGAAAGAUCUAAGAAUUAUGGGGAGGCUGUGCGUCGCUAAUCUAGCCAGGUGUCGCCCCCGAGUAUUGCAAGCGCGCUCCAAAAUGUAUCUCUGGAACGUUUUAACAGUAGCUGUAUUUUACACUUUACCGGUCAUACAGCUGGUUGUGACAUAUCAAAGGUUACUUAACCAAUCGGGCAACGCGGAUCUAUGCUACUUUAACUCUCUCUGCGCUCACCCCUUACUGGCUUUAUCGGAUUUCAACCACGUGUACUCUAAUUUGGGAUAUGUGGUACUAGGAGCACUAUUCCUGGCUGCUGUGUGGAGGAGACACGAUUGGUACCAGGCACGGCUUAGGAGAGAGAAAGAGCUAGGCAUACCACAGCACUUUGGCCUCCUAUACGCCAUGGGUAUAGCGUUAGUCAGCGAGGGAAUGUUAUCAGCUGCCUACCACGUCUGUCCGAAUAGCAUGAACUUUCAGUUUGACACCUCGUUCAUGUAUGUGACGUCAGUGCUUUGUAUGGUGAAGAUAUACCAGUCCCGUCACCCGGAUAUCAACGCGAGAGCGCACGCCACUUUUGGUGUUCUAGCACUCAUCAUAUUCGUUGGCCUGGUGGGCGUACUAAACGCGAACGUAUACUUCUGGGUGGCGUUCACGAUCCUACACCUCACCACCUGUCUCAUCAUGACUUUCCAGAUAUACUAUCUCGGCAGGUUCCGACUAGAUAGCGGAGUUAUAUACCGAGCCACACGAGAGCUGGUUUCAAGGCCACUAGCCGCCAUCACGCCAACUUACGUUGGUCGCUGCGUUCUGCUUGUCAUAGCCAAUUUGGCCAACUGGGCUAUUGCUGCUUAUGGCGUAGCACAACACAGUCGAGACUUCGCAUCUCACCUCCUACUAGUGCUGAUGAGUAACCUCUUCCUCUAUACACUCUUCUACAUCGUCAUUAAGCUGCUACACAGAGAGUCCAUACGGUGGUACAGUUGGGUGUUCAUCGUGCUAACGUACACCACAUGGUUCAGCUCAAGCUAUUUCUAUUUGGAUCAGAUUACCAACUGGGCGCUAACUCCAGCCCAGUCUCGUCAAAGCAACCGCCCCUGCUCUCUCCUACAACUAUAUGAUGCUCACGACAUCUGGCAUUUCAUGUCUUCAAUAGCUAUGUUCUUUUCAUUCAACAUGUAUUUGACUAUAGAUGAUAACUUAUUCGAUACGCCGCGGAGUGAAAUUAUGGUGUUCUAGAACGAAUGAAAGAAUGAAUCAAUGAACAAUUGAACGAUACGCCAAGAAGCGAGAUCAUGGUGAUCUAAAGAAUUAUUAAAUGAAUGAUUGAAUGAAUGAGUGAAUGAAUUAAUAACUCCCUUUAACUAUACGAUGCGCACGACAUCUGGCAUUUCGAGGGGUUAGAGGUAAAACCCGUGAAAAAGUGCGUUACUGUAUUCACAAACCUUUGUACUAAAUUUAUUUUUAACAAGCAGAAACGUCUGCUAACGAUUCUAAACAUUUUUAUAUUAAAGGAAAAAAUGGAAAAAUUUACGCUUCCGGCGGGACUUGA